AUGAAGUGCCUCAAGCCUUUGGGCACUGCAGCAGGAAGAUUGUUGUCAUUGGCCUUCUCUGCUCCGGUGGAGGGUGCCAUGCCUCGGUAUUUGCUCGCUUCCACCAGUGGAGCAGAAUCAGCGUUGGUCUUGAUGAAUUGGGAGUCUUGGUUUCAGGAAGGAGAGAAAACGCUUUGCAAAUGCAAGUUGCCCGGGCAAGUGGAUCGUGUGAGUUUUCCCUCCCAACCUGAGAGCCUGCAGGCCACGGCCUCUGGGCCCAACAUGUUGAUGAUGCCUGCAUUCAGCAAAUUGCCAGAAGAGAAGAUUGUGGAUCAUACAUGGCUGGAAGGCAACCGGCUGGUUGUGAUUCAGGAGGCUCAGGUUCAUAUCAUAAGUGCGGAGGAGCUUCAGGUCGCGUCGGUGGUGGUGGACGAGGCUACCACCGAGCCUUUGAGGACCUACGUUGCCAAGGUCCUUGAGAAGGCUUACACCAGGAUCCUUGAGAAGGGCCUGGAACUCCUUCAGCGAGAGCAUCGUGCUGGAGGAGGAGAGGAAUCGGGAGCUGGCUGCCACCCAGAGAAAGACGAGCAAGAGAGGGACACCCAAGACCACCAGCUACCCAAACCUGAGACUGCCGAGGACACUGCUGAAGAGAAAAGGAUUGUUGAGGAUAAGAAAGUGACACUUGCCCCGGUGGUCACCCCUGCUGUGGAGGGUGCUGGUUCUUCAUCGAGGAAGCCGACUACACCAGAGCAGGGUACAGAGGGCAAGAAGCCCAUUGGUGAGCAGGACCCUCGACUUCCCCUUCCUCGAAAAGUUGCAAAGCCCAGUGCAAAGCCGCCUGAACCCCUGAAGGAAAAGAAAAGCCGAGAAGGCUCCACCGGAAAGUCGGGUGCGAGCCGCCCAUUGAACCUCAGGCCAAAAGCAAAAGUUGAGCGAAAGAGGUCAACCAGUCGGUCGAGGGAGCGAGAUCAGAAGGACAAGAAGAAGCGAAGAAGCACGAGCCCUUAUUUGGACAGUCCUGGGGGAGGCCGAGAAGUCUCCUCGUUUGGCCGAGAAGGAGAAGGUGAAGGUGCGACGUUGAUUGAAGCUCCUCCUGGAAAUUGGGAGGACUGUUCAUUGAGGACUCGCAGGCCAAAGUCACCUGAUCAUCCACCGCCUCUUCCCCGCCGACCAACUCGGGGACAGCUGUGGAUCGGCCCGAUUCGAGCCUACAAGAACAGGCCUGUCACCAAGAAGAAGAACAAGAGGUUGAAGAAGGAGCUCAAGAACGAGCGCUACUGGGAACGGCGGCGCCAGCGGCUGUGGGAAGAGAGGACUCGCAGAGGAUGGCUGAAAUCGGGAGAGGUCGAUACGGACACUCUCCUGGGGUGGCCCUGGGCGUACAUACAGGGGCGCUUCUGGGACGAGGACGUGGAGCUCAUCGGCAAGGUCUUGGAGGUGAAGAUGAAGGACAGCGGGCGAGAACUGACUAUGACAGCUUCAGGUACUCCAACCGAGAGCUUGUUGAAGGCCCUGACCGGGAUCCCCUCCCGACAGCUGAGAGUGCACCUAUGUGGGGAUCCCUGCGAAGCACUGGUGUGGGACGAGGCCUAUGUGCAUUGCAGUCAGCUACAGGAGGCUCAACGAGCAGAGAUUGGUUGGAGCCAGAAUUUGGAGGCAGCCGGAGGAAGAGAAGAGGAGGACGAGUUGCAUCAGCUCCGGAAGUCAGUAGAGGAGUUGAGAGGCAAAGGAAAAGGAGUUGGAGGACCGGUGACAAAGGAGAGGAAGAGGUCAAGGUCUCCUGGAACUUCGGGAGACGAGGAGGCAAAAAAGAAGAAGAAGAGGAGGAAGAAGGACGCCUUGAAGAUCCAGGGCAAAAAGGGAUUGGAGAGCCUCUUCUCAUCCACGGGGCUGGACCCAAAGCCCGAGAUCCGGCGGAGGGUCAAAAGAAAGGCACGCAAGGUGGCUCGGAGGAGCCGAAACAAAAAGAGGGGCAGCAGCUCUUCAGGGUCGGAGAGUUCAUCCAGCUCGAGCCGAGAGAGUGUGGGCGUGGAGGACAAGGACCUUUUCGAGCCGGCGACGCCCACGCAGAGGGUUUGGAAGGUUUGCCCGGGAGCCCUCACCAUGGCUAUGAUCGCAGAGGCCAAGGAGGCUUUGUUGACGCAAAUGGGGACGGCAUCCGAGCCAAUGGAAGGAGCGGUUCCUGCCCAGAUCCUCAUGCCGUCAAUGAGCGGGCCAGUAGCCCGGGAAUCCCAUCACUGGGGAUUGCUGCUGGAUCUCCUGCUGAGCGGCCAAGUGGCUGCUGCGGCCGACCUGGCGGCUCAGCGAUUGAAGGCCCUAGAGGGUCAUGCCAAGGGCAUGAAGCCGGAACUACUUCGACAGUUGGAGCUAGUCGCCCAAGAGAAGCCAUCGCUCGCCAGUACAACAGAGAUCAUGAAAGCUGGCCGCCAGGCCAACGAAGAGGUGAAAGUACUACAAAAAGCAAGCUCCAGGGACACCUCCGAGAAGGGCAAAGGGCAAUGGCGAGACUGGAAAGACCGAUUCGAGAAGGGAGAGAAGAGCGGCAAGUUCGACAAGGGCAAAAAAGGAAAGAGCGAGGGGAAGAAGAAGGCGGAUGUGGUUGUGGCAGCGGCCGUGGCAGCUAUCAACCAUCUGGGAGGCAUUCGUGCCUUCACGGGCGGCUUUCUGCUUGGUGGCUCACUUGGCUACGUCGCUGUUUGGGAGACAGAUGAUGCGGAAGGGGAAUCCAUGAGGAGUGUGGAGGAAGAGUAUCAUCUCUCUACUGCUGCGAAGGUGCGACCGGAAGCUGACGGAGUGUGCACCUUGGACAUCACAGUGGGUGAAGAGCAGUUGCUAUUGGGCUUUGGCAAUGCAGACAUGGGCCUGGUAACAAUGGCAUCUCUUUACAACGCAGAGGUGAAGGACUUGAAGCUUCACAGUGAAAUCGUCAUGCGCUCCAUUCAUCUCGUCAAGUUUAGCUUUGGAGGGCACCUUUUGGCCGUGUGCCAAGGGAAGGUGAUACAUCUUUUUAGCGUGCGGACCUUGACAAAGGCGACAACUUUUCAGGGCCACAGUCGAGAUGUAACCAGCAUCAGCUUCGAUCCGGAGGACCGCUCACUUUGGAGCACUGGCGAUGAUGGCAAGCUCAUCAUUUGGAAUCUCAACACCUUUGAGAUCGAGGCAACCAGAACUGAGCCUGCAUCAAAAUGGUUUGCUAUUUGCAGCAUUGCGCAGGACCAAGCCACUUGUAGUUUGCACCGGAAUGGAAAGCAGCUGCUGCAGCGCUUUUCACAAUAUGAUGUGGAGUUUGAGACGGAGCUGCACUGCCCGCAGGUCACGACUCUGAGCCAUUUCUCUGGCAGCAAUGCUUUCUUGGCUGGUACCCAGAAGGGUUCAUUGCAGGUUUAUAUGUCCCUCCACAGUGGGAGUCAGCCCAAGAGCUACGAGCUCCCUUUGCACAGCCUCGCCUGCAAUGCCUUGUGUAUCUCAGUCGAUGGCCGCUCGCUGGUCACUGCCGGAGAGGAUGGCGUGCUCUUCAUUCUUAGUGUUCAGGGUCUUGCCUCUCAUGAUGAGCUUGCAGUGCUACCAUUGGCUUUGCAUGUCACAGACAUGGAUAAGUUCUCGCCAGAGGCUCAAAGCAUUUUGGCCUCCAAGGAGGAGAUCUUGAAACUGGAGCAUCGCUGCGAAGCAUUGAUGGGCGAGUGCAGAGGCAUGAAGGAGAGGCUAGAGCGAGAAGCAUCACUGCACGAGGAGCAGUGUGCGGCUAAAGUGGCCCAGGCACAGGAGAAAGAUCAAGCUGAGAUUAAGGAGCUUCAGCGCCGCUAUGCGGCUUUAGAAGAAGCCUGUGCAGCCAAAGAGCGUGAGAGCCAAGGCUUGAUGAAGGCGAUGGAGACCAGGCACAACGAAGCCACAGACCAGCUGUCCAAGCUCUAUCAGCGCAAACUAAGCCAUGAGUCGGACCGCUUGUUGGAUUUGCAGAUUCAGAAAGAGAAACUUCAAGAGCAAAUGCUGAAGGAUAUGCCGCUGUGCUUUGGUGGGUGCAAGGGCGGGCUUGAGAUGCUGUCGAGCAAUGAGAAGGAAGAAUGUGAGGAGCAAUUGAAGCAAUCAGCCAUUGCCGCCAAAGAAGAAGAGAAGCGUUUGCUGGUGGAGCGGGACCUGGAGAUAAAGAAACAUCAGGACAGAAUUUGUGUUGUGUCGCAGUUACCGAUACAAGAUGAUACAAGCCUUUGGAUGAAAGACACUCGCCAAUCGCUCUUGGAGGAUUUGCUGGCAUUUGUGCAGCAUCGCUUCGAAGUUGUAAGAGAAAAGCGUGGCGAGGACCACGACCAAGACGUCAUGCGUCUAAAGCAUGCCGGUUGGGAAGCCUUGGAACAGCAGAAGAAGGUGGAGGAGGAUUUGCGACGGGAACAGGAGACUUUGCUCCGAGGUCUCGAAAUGCAAGAGAAGGACCGGGAAGCUGUCGAGGAAAAGCAGCAGGAAGCAGCCUCCACCCUGAAAGGCUUGAGGGAACAGGCUGAAGAGCUGAAGCGGACACUUCAGAGCCUUCAGGGGGAACGCGACGAUCGUGCUGCCACCUUGGCAGAAAAGGAACGACGCAUCGAAACCUACAAGUCCAAGGAGCGAACCUUGAAGAGGUUCAAGCUGUUGUUGGACAAGAAGCUUGGGGAGGUGGUUGAAUCAGUGCAGCCCAAGGAUUCACUGAUUCAGAAGCUCAACCAGGAUCUCUCAGACUUGGAGGCUGAGUUUGAGCGACAGCUCACUGAGCAGCGUGCCCUAGAAGAGAAGAUCGACCAACGGCGCCAGCAUGCGGGCAUCCUCACACAGGAAUCAAAGAGUCUCAAAGAUCAAUUGGCCGAGCUUGACAGCCACAUUUAUCGCUUCAGGAGUGAUGUGCACACACUGGUCACUCAGAAGGAUUUGAAGGAAUGGCCGAAGGAGAUCCGGCGGCUCUACCACACUCAUGUUGACGAAGAGGUCCGCGUUCACCAGCGACUGCCAAUGGAGGAGAUGAUGCGGCAGAUGAGAGUGGUGGAGAGGCGAGUGGCAGGUUUGGCGGCGAAAAGUGAUCAGAUCAAGGCUAUGGGAAAGAUGGACGUGCAGAGGAAAGCCCAUGAAAAUGCCACUUUGGUGCAUGAGCUCAACGAGUUGAGGGUUCUCAAGUGUUCGCUGGUGAGGGAAGUGAAGGCGCUCACUACGAAGCUCAAAGAAAUUGAAGGCAAGAAAGAGGCCGAUGGGAAGGGCACUUCCGAAAGGUCAGACAAAAUACUAUAA